GGAGCGAGGCGGAGCGGGGCGGCCCCGCCGGCUCCCGGCCCCUCGCCCGCCGCGCUGAGCGAGCGAGGCUCUUCCGGGCAGCGGGGCCAGCGCGGCGCGGGGCCGGCGGCCGGGGAUUGCGUGACAGCGGCACAGAUUCCAGGCCUGCAAGAGACAAGCCCCCUGCUGCAGGAUCAUCAUUUCCAGGGGAGGAAAUCGCCACAUAACUCCAAGAGCUUUUGAAGAUGGCACCAGAUAUUCCAUUAAAUAUUAAUAUCAAGGAGCCCCGAUGGGAUCAAGGCACUUUUGUUGGACGAGCCAAUCACUUCUUCACUGUAACAGACCCCAGGAAUAUUUUGUUAUCUAAUGCCACACUGGAAAAUGCAAGAAAAAUUGUGCAUGAUUACAGACAAGGUAUUGUGGCACCUGGCUUGACAGAAGAUGAGCUGUGGAGAGCAAAAUACAUUUAUGAUUCAGCCUUUCACCCUGACACUGGGGAGAAGAUGUUUGUGAUCGGCCGAAUGUCUGCCCAGGUGCCCAUGAACAUGACUAUCACAGGUUGCAUGAUGACCUUUUACAGAACGACACCAGCAGUGCUUUUCUGGCAGUGGGUCAACCAGUCCUUCAAUGCUAUAGUAAACUACACGAACAGGAGCGGGGAUGCCCCAAUCACUGUCAGCCAGCUGGGAACAGCCUAUGUUUCUGCCACCACAGGUGCUGUCGCUACAGCCUUAGGACUUAAUUCACUAGCAAAGCGCGUCUCGCCUCUUAUAGGGAGGUUUGUUCCUUUUGCUGCUGUCGCUUCUGCCAACUGCAUCAAUAUUCCACUAAUGAGACAAAGGGAAAUCCAGUUUGGAAUUCCUGUCACGGAUGAGGAUGGAAAAAGACUGGGUGAUUCAUCCAAAGCAGCUCAGCAGGCAAUUGCCCAGGUGGUGAUAUCCAGGAUUCUGAUGGCUGCUCCUGGCAUGGCAAUUCCUCCAUUCAUAAUGAAUACCCUGGAAAAGAAAGCCUUUUUAAAGAUCAACCAAAAUGAGUGAUUUCUGCAGUGACUGCUCAGUGGUCUCUGGUACCAUCCUGUCCUCUCCCUCAGCCUCAGAGACUGAAUCCAGGUGAAACACUGCUCUGCAGGUAGCCAGUGGUAACACCUGGUAGAGAUUAGUAUUAAACCCAUUAAGGAAUGAGCUGCAUUUUUAACAAGCAACUUCUGCAUGUCCUCAUGGAGUUUGAGAAGCACCACCCCAUGCCAGCACUCCACCACCAUCCCCACACUGCUUUAUUAACUCACUACCCUUGGCCUCUGCUUCUCCACCACUCUUGGAAAUAAUUCCUGACUGCUUGCCAAAGCCUUUUAAGCACCACACAAGGCCAAAAAAUAGGGAAAUGGUUGUGAAAUGAUAAAAGAAAUUAGAAAGUUGGUCUGCAGUAAGACAGAGAGGAGGAAAUGCUCCUGGGAUGUUGGUCUCAGAGCAGCCUGUCAUCCUCUGAUAUUUGGGAUAAGAUGUAGGUCAUGUAGCCCAGCUCAUCCCCCACGUUCCCACAGGGUUUUGCACCAAGGCAUUGGUGUGAAUUAACAACAUUCCCAGAAGUUAUUGCUAGAAGAUGCCUCAAGAAUGUUCUUGGAACACAAGCACAUAUUUACUGCUUCAAAAAGAAGUUGCCUUGAAGAAGUAUUUUUAUCUGUAGAAGUUGGGGUUUUUUUGCCAUUGGUUUCAGCAGCAGCUUUGGGGCCUGUUUAUGUAAUUAUGCAGCAUAGCAGUAAUUGAUUAGGCUGCAUAAUGUCUGUUUUCAUUAUCCCUGUGGCCAUACUCCUGACCAGCUCUGUGCACAACCAGGUUAUUUUACCUGCUGCAGCAGGAGGAUCCAUAAAGAGCCUUGCCCUGAGGCACAGGGUUUAUAGGUUUUAUUUACAGGUAACUUUUCUCCUAAAGAAAUAGAUUGUUUUUUUCCAUAUAAACUUACAAAAAUUCCAAUCAGCACUAAAGUUUUAGUUUAUAUUGCUACUCUUACACAGCUUUAGCUACAGUUUCUUGUCUGUUCUGCAAAUUGUUAUUAACAUCCGAGAUGAUUCUAGAAGUUUCCUCAUACAUCCUUGAAACAAGUUCCUUGGGAUCUUUUAAUCUGCAGCUAAAAUCUGUAUUCAAAAUGGUUACAAAACCAGAGCAGAGCCUUUUCCUUCAAGCAUUGUUCUUGAAUGUCUUAUGCCCUGAAGUCCUCCACACAUUCCUAAUUUCACUGUCAUUUCAUUUAUUUAUUUUUUUGAAAACAGACAUAGGAAAGCUGACAGAUUUUUAUAUCCAACAAAGAAAGGAGGCAUUUAGAGAAAAGCUGAUUCUCCCUAUGGCUUUUGUUUGCUUAAUUAUCAUUUCUCCAUUUUCUCUGUUUGCACUAACCACUAAAAUGUCAUAAAGACAUCUGGAAAUUAAAUCCUAAUUCAUUGGGAAGUGCCUUCUUCCUGAGUUAAAUGAUAGUUCUCUAACACACUGAAUUCUUCUGCUCUUUCUCUUGUAGUUUCUCCAUUUUCUCUCUUUGUGGGGGUGUGCAGCCUGCAUUUGAAUUUUAUUAUGUUGUUCCCUGGGCAACUCCAGUUCUUAAUUCUGACCUCCCAGUGUUACUUUUACCUCACCAUCUUUCUGUAUUAGUGCAGCCUGGUAACAUUCUUGAAAAAUAAAGGCUGGAAUUCAGAGUUAGCAAAAGGUGUUCUAGCACAUAAACUCCAUGUUCUUUAUGGAGUCUGUAUUAGACGCCUCUCUCUCUCUCUCUCAGACCAACUCUGACAAAGGCAUGAAACCAUUUAUUCCUCUCAGGGCACCUUCCAACAGCCUUUUCAGUUAUAAAAUUGUAUUUGGGGCUUUUCUGUUAAACCCAUUGGGUCCCACAGUCCCCUGCAAUGCACAGCAUCCCCCUCCCUCCCUUCUCAGAGACAGUGCAGGGUUUGGCUUGUGUUCACCACCUCUUGGCAUGGACUUUCCCAGGGCAUAAAAUGAAAAUUUGGGGUGAGCUGAGGGUCAGAUGGAGGUGUUUAGGGAAUGCCAGAACAGCAAAGCUCUGCUGCCUUCACUCUUCUUGCUGUUGUUUUCUGUCUCCAUUUGUUAUCUCUUGUUGCAGGUUAUUGCUGAAUUGCCCAGUUCUUCCUGCACUCAUUUCUGCUUUACAGAUUGACUCCAGGAAAAAAAAAAUAAAUAAAGAGAAGCAGUCUUCUACAUUGUUUCUUCUCCCUCAGGCCCGGGAGAAGUUUUGCUCCACACAGGCUCGUUUUCCCUGCCUCAGACACUGCUCUGACCUCCCUCAGCCCUGAGAUUUGUCCUCCUGAGCUUUCUCCAUUUCCUUUGCCCAUUUCUACUCUCAAGCAGUGCCCAGCUUUUGUUCACCAGUUUUCCCUCUAACUUCUAUAUCUUGAGAAAUUCUUCUUGCAGAAACACCAUCUUCACUGAAAACAUCAUCAACUGUAUCAAGUGAUUUUUACCUCAUGAGCUAUUUUGUUUUAAAAUUCCCUUUAUGUCCUCAUGGCAGCUGUGUUCUGCUCUUAAUGGAGCAAGAGGCAGCAGUGGCCACUCAACAGCUCUGGGUUUACUUCAUUAGUAAUUAAUUUCAACUGAAAUUCUACCAAUGAGAGUGUGUUCAUAAAUAAUUUUAAAAGCCUGCAAAAAAUAUUCUUGGUAUAUAUUCAAGUUUUGCAAAAGUUACAGAAUUAAUGAGGCAUGUGGGUUAUGUGUUGCUUUUUCAGCUUGGUUUUCCCAGUCCUCAAACCCUUCUUUCCUUCAGUAAAAGGUGAACUCUUGCAGAACUGGAGUGUUGCUACAGGGACAAGUUCCUGCACACCAGGGAAAAUCAUGACAGGAGAAAGGGCUAAGAGAGGCAGAUUUACAUCUCCUUUAUUUAUGGCUGGUGGCUCUAGUUGCAGGUUAAAACCAUUUGGUACCACCAAAGGGAAGGAGCUGCAACCAGACUGAGCUUUUCCCUGGAAUGCCUGGGCAAAAUUCCCUGUGCCCUGCAGAGGUGGGGCAGCACCACUUGGAAACUUCCAAAUUUCAGCUCUGGUGCUGCUGUGGGCUUGUGAGACUCACAGCAAAGGCCCAGGAGCAGGUCCUGAGUCAAAGAGCCACUCGCUCAGUGGAGUUUCUGACACUUACUCAAGAUCACUGUGUACAUUGAUUCCCCUGGGAAUUUCCUUGCUGCUCUUCAGAGGGAUUUGGCUCUCCAAAUGGAGCUCAGCAUGAAGCCACGCUAGUCAGGGUUUUGCCUUCACAUCUCAGAGUCUUUUAGGUGCAAUCUGUCUCUUAAAUGAAUUCCAGGAAGGUGAGAAGCAGGAAGAAGAGAGUCCAUACUCACUGUGUGUGGUUUUAUUU